AUGGGGGCAGACCAGCAGUUUUGUCUUCGCUGGAACAAUUUUCACUCCAACAUAACUACCGCCUUCGAGUCGCUGCGAGACGAUGAAGACUUCGUUGACAUCACGCUGGCUUGUGAAGGGCGCCAGAUAAAAGCCCACAAGAUGGUCCUCAGUGCCUGUAGUCCAUACUUCAGAAGUUUGCUUAAGGAUGUGACCUUCGCCAACUUGACCUCCAUCCUGGACUUUAUGUACCACGGGGAGGUCAAUGUGUCGCACAAUGAGCUAGCGACCUUCCUCAAGACGGCGGAGGCCCUGAAGGUGCGAGGCCUGGCCGAGGACGAGAAGAAAAAGGACUCGGAGGGCUACAAUGAGAGCAGCUCUCCCCCCAUCUCGGGGCGAGCCCCCUGA